AUGACACUGGUGGAUUUGAAUACUGAUUCGCUGAUUUCCAAUGAGAUUUAUGAUGCUUCUGUUGAAAUGGUGAGUUUAAUUGAUACCCCUAGAGCUAAACCGAGUCUUAGUUGUGUUUAUGAUAUGGUUAAUGAAUUGCUGACAAUUGAAGACUUGAGUAGUAAAAAUAUUGAACUUCCAAAUGAUUGUCUUGAUUGGAAUCAUGUUGAUGCCAAUUUAGUUACAUCUCUGAAUUCCCUCCGUAGUUCAAAUGCUAGCUGCCUAGUUACUUUCGAUCCGGGCAGAUUGUUAUGCCUAAACAGUCUUAUGGCAGAAAUGGAUUUCGCUGAGUGGGGCACAAGAGUCUGCUUGGACUUAACUGUUGAUUGUACUAGUGUGAAUUCUAGCACUGGUAUUCAGUUAAACUUGUGCGAUGAGGACCCUGAAGUUGGUAAAACGUCUCAUUUUGUGGAUCAAUUGUUGUGUAAAGCUUGGGUUAGAAAUGCAACAUGUUUUAAAGGUGGAACAACUGUUGGCAAAGCCUGUGUAGGAGUUGUGACUCUACUAGACGAAGGGAACUUUGUGUGGUGGAUUGCUUGGUUCAGUUUGGAAAUUGCAACACAGUUGCUGGAAUUGAUAGAGUUUUGGGCAUCAAUUGUGGAAAAUGGUCAUCUACAGUUUAGUUGGGUUCGUUGGAGUUAG